AUGGGUCAAUCUGCCUCCCUACCUGAGAAAGGCCGCAAGCUGCAAGUCAUUGGCGCAGGCUUGGGCAGAACCGGCACUACAUCAUUCGGCCAUGCUCUCUCCGUUCUCCUCGACGGUCCAGUAUACCACGGUGGCACUCAAAUGUUGACAUCACCUGAAUCACAUAUCGACCAGUGGAUCAAGGUCUUCGAGCACACCCCAAUCAAGACCGAAGAGGACCGCCAAUUUGUUCUGCGGAACACAGAAGAGCUGCUGGAUGGCUUCGUUGGCUGCACAGACCUGCCGGCCAAUUGCCUGGUGGAAGAGCUGAUGGAGAUAUAUCCUGAUGCCAAAGUCAUCUGCACAGUCCGAGAUCCGGACAAGUGGUGGGCUAGCAUGGUCCUAUUAUAUCACGACGUUCUGGACGAGGGCAGAGUCGGCGAGCUGUACUUCAAAGAAGGCGAACCUCAACGUCCAACCAGAGCCAUGUACGAGCGGCACAUCGAACAUCUCAAGAAGGUCGUGCCGAAGGAGAAGCUCAUGUUCUUCGAUGUCAGAGAUGGCUGGGCGCCACUAUGUGACAUGCUUGGUGUGGCAGUUCCAAAGGGCGUACCUUUCCCAAAGAUGAACGAUGCUCAGGCCAUGGAAGACUUUAUGAAGCGAAGCAUACGACGAGGUCUGAUGGCCUGGACGGGUAUACUCCUGGGCGGUGGCGCUGCUAGCUAUUAUGCUGGCAAGGCGAUGAAGUUGUUCUAG